GGCUGGAGGCUUUGGCGUGUUGUCAUAUUGAGAUUAUUGAGCCACCACGAUCCCACAAGGAGCGACGACGACGAGGAGUGUGAGACAAAGUCAAGCAAACCAAGUCAAAGGUCGAAACGUGCAUGAUCGUGGUAGAGUCAGGACAUAGUUUUGUGACUGAGAAGGUCUUGUUCCCACUCACUCUCGUUCGGGUGCUCUGAAACACACAGAGACACGCACACACUUUCCAAGCCAAACGAGACCAAAGUCUUUGCUCCCACAACUCGUACUGCUCAGAAGACAUGCCUCAUUUGUCAAUUCGACUAGCCAAAGCUGUGCAUUUAAUAAACAAUAUGAAAACAAUUUGUUGUGAUUUUCAAUAAUAUUUGAAUAAACGCCAGGUGAACUUUCCUCUAACACAAUUAUCCACGAAGGUGUAAAAAAAGCAAUAGUUCGCUAUAUGGAGCAUUCUUGUCAACCCAGACUAAAGAAUAUUAGUGAGUUUUAUAUUAGACGUGAAUCAUUACACGUAACUUAACUCCAGGCAAAUCAGGAAAAAGUAUAAUUAAAAAACCCUGCUGCACGAUGAAUUCUGGAGACGCUCCAUUUUCUAUUCAAGCCGACUCCAUCCGAGGGAGGUACCUGGAGGCAGCAAAGGACAUUUCACAAGGAGACAUUAUUUUUCAAGAGCGUCCUUUGAUGGUUGGUCCUUGUGGGGUUGGAAUUGAGAAAUCCAAGACGUUCUCAACUUGCCUCGGCUGUUACAAGAACGUAACGUCAUUUUAUAAAUGUUCCAAGUGUGGUUGGCCUGUUUGCAACUUUCAGUGUGAAAUGAUGCCUGACCACUCCAACUUUGAAUGCGUCGUAUUUGCGACUUGUCCCGUGUCGCCAAUCGUUUCGCCCCUUGAGUACGAGAAAAUAAAGAUCUUACGUUGUUUGAUGUUGAAAGAAAAAAGUCCAGACAAAUGGAAACUGCUAAUGAAUUUGCAGUCUCACAUUGCCAACAGGAAACAAGAUGUUGCUGCAGUGUCUCGUGACAUAUCUUACUACAAAUUCAUUAAAGAUGAAUGCCAUUUACUAAAGCAGUUUCCUUUCAAUGAAAUCAGUCAUUUUUCUGGUGUUUGUGCCAUCAAUUCGUAUAGCAGAAAUGGACUGCUAGGACAAUGCUACUCUGAUGGACCCUUAAGGCAUGCUUCAUUCCUUUUCUAUUUUGCAAGCUUUCUAACGCAUGACUGCAUUCCAAACGCAAGAUCCGUAAUACAGCAAAAAGGAAAGUCGUUCGUGAUCAAUGUCAUUGCCACAACAAAUAUAAAAUAUAAGGAUCCCAUCACUAUUUCAUAUGUGGAGCCAAGUUGUGGAACGCUGGAGCGUCGGGCAUAUUUGCUGGACAAUUUUUACUUUUCUUGUAAAUGUAGCAGGUGUCGAGACCCGACGGAAAUUGGGACAUAUCUCUCCUCCGUCAAAUGUACCAGUGACUCGUGCAAAAAUGGGUGGCUAAUAUCAAAGAACCCAAUCGAUCCGAAUUCAAAUUGGAUUUGUAAUCAGAAUCUGACCGCUGGAUGCAACGCUUCUGACGUUAAUGUCAUGCUCGUCGAAGACAUCCUUCAAGAUGUGAAAGCCAAAAUAAGGAAAGCCGGCAGUUUGAAUGAAUUUAUGGAUAUUCUAGAGUUUUACAAGAAUAAAACUUUACACAAGAAUCACUACCUUGUAAUUAACAUGGAAUGUGAGAUAUUGAGACUGAUUGACGUCGCGUUGAGCACAGUUUUUGAUGAACCUGAAAGGCUUCGCCUGGCUAAAUGGCAAGUGGACCUUUGCCGACAUUGCCUUUCAGUCGCUGAUCUCAUUCAGCCUGGCAACAAUAAAUUCAGAGGAAAUCUCUUGUGUGUCCUUCAGGAUGCACUGUUAACCAUUUGCACAGGCAAAAUCAAUCAAUGUUAUGAUGCCAAGGAAUUUGACAUAAUCCGAAAAAGGUGCAAAAAGGAGCUUGCAGAAGCAUUGGAAACUAUGAAAGAAGCCAAAUCAAUUCUAAUGGCUGAGCCUGUUGGUUCCUCUGAAUGGCAGCGUGGGACAACCUUAUCUUUGGAAACGACAAGAGUCAAGUCUCUCAUGAAAUGCUUAAGUUUUAAAGACUAAGAAUAAACCUUGUAGUAUUAGCAUUUGCGACCUAACGUACUUUUGCUGUAUUCGACUACGCAGUAUUUUAUAAUAAAGGAAUUAAUCCGAAGGUUUGUGCAUUCAU